AUGGCUUCUUCACGGAUUCUAAAAGACGCAAAUGGAGACAUCGGUGAGCAUCUUCGUAACCAUAUUCACUUAACCAACUGUAUCCACUUGAAGAACCAUAUGCACAACAACAACAAACAGAGUCCGGUUUUAACAGACCGGUCUCUUCUCAUGAGAGAUCUCGUCGCUCUCCAAAGAUCAAGAUCGCUCAGAGACCCAUCAGCUAGCCCCAAUUCACCUCCUUUGAUCGCCGAUUCCAGAGGAGACCAUCAUAAGGAAGGUAGAAGAAGUAGAAGAAGAAGAACAUCUGUUGAUCAAAACGCGGUUAAGAAAUCAUCUGGUCUUCGGUUCUCUGGUUCGUCUCCGAUUAUGAUGAACUUUGGAACGUCUAAAGUCACUCCUUCUGAUGAAAAGUUUGAAAAGUCGAGUAGGAAGAGUUAUGAUGCUAAUAUUGUCAAGACUCUGUCUGAUCAGUUAAACGAGGUUUUAGGUGAUAGUGAUGAUGAUCUGGCUUCCUGCAAUGUCAGACCGCGCGGUGUUGCACGUAAAAGACGGAAAUUUCGAGGAACUAGGAGAGCGGGAAAGGCCGUUGAUGUUAGAGACAAUGUUGGUGACAAGAGUGAGAUGUCUAUUGCUUCUAACUCAGUGCCUAGACACGAGAAGCAAGCGCAGGAAGACGGAGAACAGAGCAUCAUGAGCAGAGCUGAUCCAAGAAACGGUUGCGGAAUUCCUUUUAACUGGUCGAGAAUUCAUCACCGAGGCAAGACUUUCCUCGAUAUCGCCGGCCGGAGUUUAUCUUGCGGGAUGUCUGAUUCAAAAGGAAAGAAAGGCGAAACCUUUACGCCGAUGCUGUCUGAUUCAAGCUCCUCUGAUCGCAGAAAGGCGUUGCCUUUAUCGGACAGUGAAGCCUGGGAGCAUGAUUACUCUGGAGAAUUGGGUUUAUUCGCAGACGAUCUGCUCAAGAACGGGAAAGAUUCAGACUUUGGGCAUAGAAAUGCUCUGCGGCGGCGGCGGCAUCAAAGCUUCACGCAGAGGUAUGCUCCAAGAACGUUCAAGGAUCUUGUGGGGCAGAGUCUUGUUGUACAAGCUCUUACCAACGCUGUUGCUAAACGGAGAGUGGGGCUUCUUUACGUGUUCCACGGACCGAACGGAACCGGAAAAACCUCGUGCGCUCGGGUUUUCGCUAGAGCUUUGAACUGUCACUCUAUGGAGCAAUCGAAGCCUUGCGGGAGAUGCAGUUCUUGCGUUGAUUAUGAUCAGGGCAAGAACAAGAACAUUCGGGAAAUGGGUCCUGUGAAAAGCUUCGACUUUGAGAGUCUGUCUGAUAAGAUCUCUCAGAAGAAAAGGGAGCAGCAGCAGCACAAUGUGUUCAUCUUCGAUGAUUGCGAUACCAUGUCAACGGAUUGUUGGAAUUCGCUGUCGAAGAUCGUUGACAGAGCACCUCGCCGUGUGGUUUUCGUUCUUGUUUGUUCGAGUCUCGAUGUUUUGCCUCACAUUAUCGUCUCCAGGUGUCAGAAAUUCUUCUUCCCAAAGCUCAAAGACGCAGAUAUCGUCGAUUCUUUGCAAGUGAUUGCGUCGAAGGAAGAGGUUGAUAUCGAGAAAGAUGCUUUAAAGCUUGUUGCUUCGAAAUCAGAUGGUUCUUUGAGAGACGCAGAGAUGACUCUAGAACAGUUGAGCUUGCUCGGAACAAGAAUCUCUGUUCCUUUAGUCCAAGAAAUGGUUGGGUUAAUUUCUGAUGAGAAAUUAGUUGAUCUUCUUGAUCUAGCCUUAUCUGCAGAUACCGUAAACACAGUGAAGAACCUGAGAGUAAUAAUGGAAACCGGCGUAGAACCGUUAGCUCUAAUGUCGCAGCUCGCGACCGUCAUAACCGAUAUCCUCGCCGGAAGCUAUGAUUUCGCUAAAGAUCUACGUAAAAGAAAGUUUUUCCGGCGACAACCACUGUCUAAAGAAGAUAUGGAGAAGCUGAGACAAGCUUUGAAAACGCUAUCAGAAUCAGAAAAACAGUUGAGAGUGUCCAACGACAAACUAACUUGGCUCACUGCUGCAUUGCUUCAGCUAGCUCCUGAUCAACGAUACUUGCUUUCUUCCGCUGAUGCUAGCUUUAACCGUAACGACGCUCACAUUAGCAAGAACCGACCUUCGGUUGAAGAGAUUUGGUUAGCGGUUAUAGAGAAAGUUGAAGCUAACAGUUUAAGAGAGUUUCUUUAUAGAGAAGGGAAGAUCUUUUCGAUUAGUAUUGGUUAUGCUCCUACUGUGCAGUUGAUGUUCAAUUCGGCGUUAGCGGAAUCAACAGCUGAGAGUUUCAAAGAUCACAUUUUGAGAGCGUUUGAGGCGGUUCUUGGAUCUCCGGUGACGUUAGAGAUCAGAACAGAGCCGAAGAAAACAGUUGGAAGAAGUGAGAUCGUUGAAUUAGGUGAUGAUGAGUCUGAGUCUGCAAUGAGUCGAGCUAGAAGGAAACAUUUGGAAGCGAGCCAGAGCCAGUACCAGAACCAUAACCAGAAUCAGAAUCAAAGCAUUGUGAGAGGGAAAGUUUCGUUGGGUCAAGUGAUUCAGCAAGCUGAAGGAAACGGUUGGUCGAAACGCAAAGCUGUGUCGAUUGCAGACAAGCUUGAACAAGAGAAUCUGAGGCUUGAACCUAAAUCAAGAAGCUUGAUAUGUUGGAAACCGUCAAGAAGUACACGCCGCAAGCUAUUGAGAUUGAGGAUGAGAACGAGAAAGGUGCGACUACAUUCCUUGUUGAAGCUCGUCUCUUGUGGGAGAUGUCUAUCAACGAGAUCUCCUCCUAGAUAG